AUGAACGGAGCUGUAGAGGCCGCCAACAAGAAUAUCAAAAAGAUCUUGAGAAAAAUGAUUGACAAACAUCGAGGUUGGCACGAAAUGUUGCCAUACGCUUUACUAGGUUAUCGAUCGACGGUCAGAACAUCGACUGGUGCUACUCCAUACUUACUAGUAUAUGGAACCGAGGCAGUCAUACCUGUUAAAGUCGAGAUACCGUCAUUGAAGAUCAUCCAAGAAGCUGAAUUAAGUAACGCCGAAUGGGUUAGUAAACGGAUUGAUCAACUAGCUUUGAUUGAUGAGAAAAGAAUGGUCUCCGUUUGCCAUGGCCAGUUGUAUAGACAGAGAAUGACUCGCGCUUUUCACAAAAGAGUAAGAGCCAGAAAUUUUGAAGUUGGUCAGUUGGUUCUUAGGCGUAUUUUUCCUCAUCAAGACGAGUACAAAGGAAAGUUCGCGCCAAACUAG